AUGACUGGCCCCUUCAACGUGCUCCUUCUCGGCGAAUUCGGGGCGGGGAAGACGAGUCUUGCCGAGCGCGUGGUGUACGGCCGGUCGCCCAAGGACUCCACGCCCGCACCCACGCACAGCCACCACUGGACAGGCGUUGGCGUGGACCUGGUGGACGGUCCGCACGUUGUGGUCGACCUGUGGGACACCGCGGGCGAGGAACAGUUCAACGGCGGAAGCUUCAUGAACCCGAACUACUUCCGCAGGACCCACGCACUGAUCAUGGCCUACGACAUCGCCAGCCCCGACGCCGAGCGCCAGUACAGCCACCGUGGCACUUCACCUUUCGGCAUUUGGUUGGGUUGCUCGCAAACUAACGUGAUCACUUGGUUUAGCCUGUGGCGAGGCUAUGUAAGCACCAAAGCGCCGGUGAUCGUCGUGGGCACCAAGCAAGACCUGCCCCCCAACCAGCACAAGAAGCUGCCCUUCCUGGUGAGCGGCAAUGGAGUGCCGGAAAUGCUCGGCGAACUGGGCCGCCUGCUCUUCGAGACCUAUGGCCUCACCUCCAACCCACCUUCCGCCGCGCUCUCGGGCUGCUGUUCGCUGAUGGUAGCACCCGGCGACGAACACGUCGACUGGCUCUUCCGCACGGCCGACAAGCCAGCGAGCUCUCGGCCUGAAAUAGCGGCCAAGCAGGCGCCCAGGCGCGACAACAACUACCUCGGCCCAGCCGCCUCCAUGUUCUUCUCCUCGCCGAAGCCCAAGUCCGGCUCCCAGCUGUCGGUGUCGGGCGUCAAGUAUGAACUCUCGAUCGACCUGCUCGCGGCUGGCCGCGCGCACCACGUCGCCCAAGCCAUCGAUCGCUACGCCAAGUCCGUGUUUCCGAGCGAAGCGGUGUGGGCGCUGCCCGACAUCGAGUUCGUGUGGAAGUCGCACCUGAUCCGUCCCCUUGACUACGUGAAGGAGAUGAAGGCCACCUUCGGGAGCGGUCACGACCACGACCACUACGAAGUGGUGCCCGCGGACUUUGGUGCGGCGACCGCCCUAGGCCGCACCGCGGCGCUGUGGAGCCAGCUCUACGACGGCGAGCCCUACGUGCCGGACUGGCUCACGCCCGACCUCCUCGCCCCGUUCCUGGCCGGCGGCGGCGAUGCUCAGUCCGCCGAAGAACGAAACUCCGAGCCCCUCCCUUCGACCGAAGGAAUAAAGGCGCCGUCCUGGGAAGAAGUGCGCGCGGGGAUGAGGGUGGUGGACCAGGAGCUGGUGAUGGAGGACGCCCACUGGCUGCCUAAUCUCCGCCGCUUUCUCAACGUCGACAAGAUGGAGGAGGUGGUGCAGGAGAAGCAGAUGCAGGCGUGUCUCGAUGGCUACGCGCGCUUCCUGACCCGCAAGAAGCUGAAGGACAACAACAGUGACGAUGAUGAGGACGACGAGGCCACGUACGACGUCGACGUCAUGUGGCACGCACACAUGCUGCACCCGCAGGCCUACUGGCGGGACUGUGCGCAGAUGGGCCUGGCCCUCGACCACCGCCCCUGGCCGCACCUCUUCCCUGCCAGCACCUGA